AUGUUUGGGAGAGCACCAAAGAAGAGUGACAACACAAGGUACUAUGAGAUAUUGGGGGUGUCAAAGAAUGCCAGUCAAGAUGAUUUGAAGAAGGCCUACCGGAAAGCUGCCAUCAAGAAUCACCCUGAUAAAGGUGGUGAUCCUGAGAAGUUUAAGGAGCUUGCCCAGGCGUAUGAGGUUUUGAGUGAUCCUGAAAAGCGCGAAAUUUAUGAUGAGUAUGGUGAAGAAGCACUCAAGGAAGGAAUGGGCAGUGGCGGUGCUGGCCAUAAUCCUUUUGAUAUUUUUGAAUCUUUCUUUGGUGGGAAUCCUUUCGGUGUAGGUGGCAGUAGCCGAGGAAGGAGGCAGCGAAGGGGAGAGGAUGUGGUUCAUCCAUUGAAGGUGUCAUUGGAGGAUCUGUACCUUGGCACAUCAAAGAAGCUUUCUCUAACCCGGAAUGUGAUUUGCUCUAAAUGCAACGGAAAAGGAUCGAAAUCUGGAGAGUCGAUGAAGUGCACUGGCUGCCAGGGAAGUGGCAUGAAAGUCUCCAUAAGGCAACUUGGCCCUUCAAUGAUUCAACAGAUGCAGCAUCCUUGCAAUGAAUGCAAGGGAACAGGGGAGAGAAUUAGUGAUAAGGAUCGUUGCCCACAGUGCAAGGGAGAGAAGGUUGUUGCAGAGAAGAAGGUUUUGGAAGUUAUAGUGGAGAAGGGUAUGCAGAAUGGACAGAAGAUCACUUUCCCUGGCGAAGCUGACGAAGCGCCGGAUACAGUCACUGGUGAUAUAGUCUUUAUCCUUCAGCAGAAGGAACAUCCAAAAUUCAAGAGGAAGGGAGAUGAUCUUUUUGUGGAACACACUCUGUCCCUCACUGAGGCUCUUUGUGGCUUCCACUUUGUAUUGACACACCUUGAUGGCAGGCAGCUUCUUAUCAAAUCGAAUCCUGGGGAAGUUGUCAAACCUGAUUCAUUUAAGGCAAUCAACGAUGAGGGUAUGCCAAUGUACCAAAGGCCAUUCAUGAAAGGGAAGUUGUACAUCCACUUCACUGUGGAUUUCCCCGAUUCUCUGACCCCUGAUCAGAUUAAAGCAAUUGAGGCUAUUCUGCCUAGGCCAUUAAGUCAGUUGACAGAUAUGGAGCUGGACGAGUGUGAGGAGACUACACUGCACGACGUUAACAUUGAAGAGGAAAUGAGAAGGAAGCAGCAGGCUCGUGAGGAAGCAUAUGAUGAGGACGAGGGCAUGCCUCAUGGUGGUCAGAGGGUCCAAUGCGCCCAGCAGUGA